AGGGGAGGGGCGGGAAGAAGAGAUGUGUGCGCGCGCUCGCGCGCGUGCGGGGGCGUGCGCGCGUAUGUGAGAGGGGCCGCGCUUCUCGCGCGCGGCUGUUGGCUGGGGCGCGCGGCGGCGGCGGCGGCGGGAGUUCCGUUUCCCUCCUCCCCCGCCACUCCUUCCCGCCGGGCUGCGCGAGGCGGAGGCGCGCGCUCCCCGUGAGGAGCCGAGCCCGGGGGGGGGUCCGCGCCGUAAGAUGGAGGGCCUGACGCUGAGCGAGGCGGAGCAGCGCUACUACUGCGACCUCUUCUCCUACUGCGACACCGAGAGCACCAAGAAGGUGGCGUCCAACGGGCGCGUCCUCGAGCUCUUCCGCGCCGCGCAGCUGCCCAACGACGUGGUCAUGCAGAUUAUGGAACUCUGUGGUGCAACAAGACUUGGCUAUUUUGGAAGAAGUCAGUUUUACAUUGCUUUGAAACUUGUUGCUGUGGCCCAAUCUGGUCUCCCUUUAAGAAUGGAAAGCUUAAAUACAGUAAAGGACCUCCCUCUUCCCAGAUUUGUUGUGUCAAAGAAUGAACAAGAAUCCAGACACGCUGCCUUGUAUUCUUCAGAUGCUGAUAACCCAGCUUCGUAUUCUGGUGUGAUCCCUCCUCCACCUGGCAGGAUACAAGUCAAAAAAGGCUCUGUGAGCCAUGAUGCGGUUCAGCAACGUACAUCAACUGAUCAACAGGAGUCCACAUCUCCAGUUGUUUCACCACAGCAAUCCCCACCAACCUCUCCACAUACAUGGAGGAAGCACAACCGCCAUCCCAGCGGAGGGAAUAAUGAACGACCUCUUGCUGGACCUGGGCCUUUUUGGGCUCCAUUUAGUGAAGCACAACCAGGCUCAUCUACUUCUAGUGAUCCCAUAUGGUCUGGCCAUUCACCACCACCCCAUCAAGAAAAUUGGGUCAGUUUUGCAGAUACCCCACCAACCAGUGCUCUUUUAGCCAUGCAUCCUGCUUCUGUCCAGGACCAGACAACAGUACGAACUGUAGCAUCAGCUACAACAACAAAUGAAAUUCGUAGGCAAUCAAGUAGUUAUGAUGACCCCUGGAAAAUAACUGAUGAACAAAGGCAGUAUUAUGUUAAUCAGUUUAAAACCAUUCAACCUGAUCUAAAUGGAUUUAUACCAGGAUCUGCAGCUAAGGAAUUUUUCACUAAAUCAAAACUACCUAUUCUUGAACUUUCUCAUAUUUGGGAACUAUCAGAUUUUGAUAAAGAUGGUGCACUGACAUUAGACGAGUUUUGUGCAGCAUUUCAUCUGGUAGUUGCUAGGAAGAACGGGUAUGAUUUGCCAGAAAAGUUACCUGAAAGUUUAAUGCCCAAACUGAUUGAUUUGGAAGACUCAACAGUGAUUCCUGUCGUUUCAGAAGUUGGAGAACAGACUGGCGAGGUAGGUUACUCCAGCUCUCCAGCAGAAGCACCUCCAAGCAAGUCUCCAUCAAUGCCAUCCUUAAACCAGACCUGGCCAGAAUUGAAUCAGAGUGGUGAGCAGUGGGAGACAUUUAGCGAACGCUCUUCAAGCUCACAAACUCUGACCCAAUUUGAUUCUAACAUUGCACCAGCUGAUCCUGACACUGCAAUUGUGCACCCAGUUCCCAUAAGAAUGACUCCAAGCAAAAUCCACAUGCAGGAAAUGGAGCUUAAAAGAACUGGAAGUGAUCAUGCUAACCCUACUAGCCCACUACUUGUGAAACCAUCUGAUCUCCCAGAAGAAAACAAAAUCAGUUCAUCUGUAAAAUUUACAGCUGGAAAUACAGUUAAUGGUUACAGCAGUUCGGACUCCUAUGCUUCAGAUCCAGAGCAAAUUGGAAGCACUGUAACACAGCAACGAUCACAUUCAGGAGCAUCUCCGGAUAACGCUGCACCACCACCACCUCCUCCAAGGCCUCAUCCUUCGCAUUCUCGAUCAUCAUCUUUAGAUCUGAACAGAUCAUUUUCGGUUACCCCAGGACAGCAACAGGCUGGAGUUGUUGCCUGUCCCCCUGCAGUGCCUCCAAGACCACAGCCUUCACAGGGUGCAGGUCCUCAUGUGCAUCGCCCAGUAGAUGCUGAAGGCCUAAUAGCUCAUACCAGUACCUCACCUCAACAAAUACCAGAGCAGCCAAAUUUUGCAGACUUCAGCCAGUUUGAGGCAUUUGCUGUUUCAGGUGCAAACGAAGAGGAAGAUGAUGAAAUUGAAACACAUUCAGAAGUCUUGCAGGUUGAAAAGCCCUCUGAUUCUGCAAGCUCUCUUAGAGUUGCCAAAGCAGAUGGAAGAGUUGAAGACAAAGCGCCUGCUAAUGUCCCCACUAGUGCGGCUAAAGGCACUACCCCACUUGCUCCACCACCAAAGCCUAUUCGCAGAAGAUUAAAAUCGGAGGAUGAGCUAAGACCUGAAGCUGAGGAACAUACACAGAAAACAGGUGUCAUAGCUGCUGUUCUUGCUUCACAGCCAUCUAUUCCUAGAUCAGUGGGGAAAGAUAAGAAGGCAAUUCAGGCAUCGAUCAGACGUAACAAGGAAACCAACACUGUUUUGGCCAGAUUGAAUAGUGAACUACAGCAACAACUAAAGGAUGUUCUUGAAGAGAGAAUCUCCCUGGAAGUCCAACUGGAACAACUUCGACCCUUCUCUCACCUCUAAGCCUACUGCCGUUAACUGUGAAUUUACUAAUUUUGAAAGUGGUUUUGGUUUCAAAACCUAUUUAAAGAUCCAUGCAUCUAGCUCAGUGCACUCUAUUCUACAUUAAAUGUUGUGGUUCUGUUUUGUCAAUUUGUCCACUUUUGUAUUUAAGUAUUUUAAUUUCAGUACAGAGAAAAAACAAACUUUUUCCUUGAAUGUGACACUGCCUCUCACAUUUUCUCUGGGCAUCUGUGAUUUUUGUUGGACUUGAGUUUGCAGAGGUUGUCGCCAAAAUUUCCAACUGGAAUUUUUUAGUCGUUUCUUUUUUCCUGUUGAAACGUCUGUACAGAAGAGGAUUGCUGAUCAGUUGACUUUAAGCACAUGAACUCUGUUUGCUAUGGCAUUUACUUUAUUGUGCCAGAAAAGAGGAAAACUAGUAAUCUGUCAUCAGCCAACAUUACUUCCCAAGCUGCCUUUACAUUUGGAAAGUUAUUCACAAUUUGAGAAAGCCUCCUCUUUGCAAUAAACCAGCUUAUUCAGGUUGACAGAGUUCUUGCAGGCUGUUUGCCAUAUCAGCUGGAUUUGAUUUUCUGGUUUUGUUGCAUACAUUAUAGAGUAUGUAACACAGAUUGCCAGGUGUUCACAUUUUAUCCAUUCAUGAUCCUGAUUCAGCCGCAUGCGUAUGAAGAUUUAUGGUACAAUUGGUAGUCUGUUAAACAGACCUUUCUCAGUCCUGCCUUUUGUGAAAAGAGUUGGGUGUGAAUCUCCAGCAUAUUAAUGACACAUUACUGAAGCACCACCUGUAAUUGCAUGUUUCACACAUUACCUUUUUAAUAGCAGAUCACAUCCACCAGUCUUCACUAUAACAAAUUGUAUUGUCGAGUAUUGUGUCAAUACCUCUAUUGAACUUCUGAUUCCCAGAAAAAAAAAACAAACAAAAAAAAAACAAAAAGGAAAAAAAAAAAACCCUGAAAAAGAACAGUUUGCCUCUUAGGAAUUCUGGGGUACCUUCUGUCAUCUUGUUUCCAUGCCUUAUUUCUCUGGCAUAUAGACAGGCUUCACUAUUAACAGAGUUCCCCGAGUGUAUCCUGCUAUUCAGGUUGAUGUACUGUAUUAGGAUUUGUUGUAUAUUGUAUGAUACACACCUUUUGAUCUCGUAUGUAAAUUUGCAUUAAUUGCUGACUAACAGCAGAUAUUCUAUUUAAUGGCUUCUUCUGGCUGUGGGAUCAUAGAUGUUUAACUGCAUGGAUUUAUCUCUGCAGAAUCAGAACUAGCAAUUGUGUGAUUUUUACACCAAUAAAACAGCACAAUAUUUUAAUUUUGUUGGUUCAUCUUUACCUGGGAAUUGAAAGUAAUUCAAAUACGGAGGAGGGGUUUAUUACAGGUCUGCAGGGAAUUUUUUGUAAUUUUGUGGCAUAUACGAGGAACAAUGAAUCCUAAUCCCUAGACCACUUUCCUCCAUGAUUUUUUAGCUUGUGGUUGGAAGUGAUUAAGUUCUUUCUGUAAUACAUGGCUAUAUUCCUUUUGUUUCCUCCUAGAAGCAAAUUUAAUAUAGUUGUAACUUAUAUAAAGUAAAUGCUGGUACUUACUUGGGUCAAAGAAAUGUAUAGUUCUUUAGUCUUCAUUUCUGGUUUGAUUUCCUUGAGAAUAUCUUUCCAAAUUGAAACUAAGUGGAUCACCUGUUUGCAGCCAGAAUCCUCAAUGUCUCACUUCUGUGCUUAAAUGAAAUACCUUCAACAUCUGCUUUCCUUACAAAAGGAUAGCUCAAGUCUAAUUUUUAUGCUGAAUAUGCUGUUUAUUACAGUGAAAAACUGUUCCUCUUUUUGGUUAUCAUAUGCAGACUGGAUAAUUAUGGUUAACUUCUGUUAUUAUAACCCUUCAGAGUUGUGGAUGCCCCCUCCCUGGAAGUAUUCAAGGCCAGGUUGGAUGGGGCCUUGAGCAACUUGACCUAGUGGGAGUUGUCCGUGCCUGUGGCACGGGGGGUUGGAACUGGGUGAUCUUUAAGGUCCCUUCCAACCCAAACCGUUCUAUGAUCCUAUUGCAGAUAGUGUACGUAUAUAAUCCGAAGCAAGAUUCCCUCUUAUGAAAGACACAAAUAUCAUAGUUGCAUGACAGAUGGUACUUUCUAUUUGCAUGUGAAUGGAUUAAGAAGUUAUAACUAAAUGGGCACAGAGGCUGCGUAUAAGUUACGUUUCUACUAUCUUGACAAUUAGUAGAUAAAGUGCCAGACUGACUCUGAAAAAUAAGACAUAAGGAAGGAAAUUAAAACAAAAGAACACACAAAGCAAAACCAAAAAAAAAUUUAAAAAUCAAUUGACUACUAACUUCUAUUACAACUGCCAAGCUAGAAGAGCAGUGCUUAAAAAAGUGAAAAAACUGUCACUCACUGCAGUCAAACAAUGUUGAUUUCAAACCAACUGUAUCUUGUCCAUAGUUUAUUUUAAAAUUAAAAAUACAUUUUUAAAAUAGAAUUAUUUUCAUAUUAAUAUUUAAAUAUUAAGCUUAUGCUUAUAGCAGCGGGAUUCUUAAAUCAGAAUUAAACGUUUUAAGCUUAAAUGUAAGAAGCUUGUGGCAUGUAUGUAUGAAUUUCUGUAACAUCCAUCCAUAUCUUUCUAGUAGAAUGGGAGUUAAUGUCUCAAGUGAAGCAUUUGAGCAAUCUGAAUAUUUGUCUGUCUGGCCAAGAAGUCUGUUUUUAAGACUGUUUGUGGAUUGCUUUUAAUGGAUCAUUCAGUAUGUUUUGAACCAAAUUUUCAUGAUCAGAAGAACUUCUAACUGAAUAAUUACUUAUGUCUUAAGAACAUCUCUGCUGAUGAUGUUCAGAAGUUACCUCAGUACUGUAAUCCAACUUUAAUCCCUUAUAAAAUUAUUUCCUCGUCUUUUCCAUCCUUUUCCAUUUGUUUGAUCUUGAUCCAGCUACUUGAUACAUUCUUUUUUAUGAACUUAGAUUGUAAGCUCUGUGGGGCAAGGAAUUAUGUACUGUACCAGAGGUGUGCUCUCUGUGUUGCAAGUAUAAACGUAGACUACUAAAUAGUAUGGAGUGUGAUUCAUGUACCCAGCUAGGAUGGAUGGAUGGACAGCAGCCUGCAUUUCUGAAACAGCCGCAAAAUGUGUUUCUUUGGACUUUAUGACUGGAGGAGCGUCUUUUCUUGCUGGAUUUAUGUUUCCUUUGUUUCUCCUACUAAUGUGCCUCUUUCUUCAUUUCACCUGCUUUGGAGUUGCUUUUUUCUCCAUUCAUUGCUUGUCUUUGGACUGCAGAGAAGACUUCCAAAAUGCGAAGGUAAAAAGCUGGAAAGUCACCUUUUUUGAGUAGACUUAAAAUACUGCUCAAUGUAACUAGUAUUUUAAUUUCUUUUGUAAUUCACAUGUCCCUCAUUUUACUUGCAGUUGUAAAGUACAUGAAUAGCACAUGAACUAGAGGAUCUCUUAUUACUGAAAAUGUCUUAUGUGGGAUAAACAAAGUUGAGGUCAUAAAAAUUUAAAACUAAAGAAAAUAAAUUUGCAACAUUGUUUCUUCUGUGAGAUGUCUCUGUCCCUUAUGGAUGAGGUGUGCUGUGUUGCUGCUCUAUAGUUAGGGCAAAAUUGUGUUACUCUCCUGGUUUCAGCUGUGUACAGAGUUUGUCAUUAAGGGCAACCAUACAGAUGUCCUAGUCUGAAUCCCUUUUUCCUGAAAGAAAAAGUAAAACAAUUUCUCCUUACUUGUUCUAGUCUUAAUUUCUAGUAGAAAUGGUAAUAUGGUACAAAAAUAUGUCCCUCCCAAGUGGGUAAUAAUGCAAUUCUUAAUAUAUGUGGAAUAUUAAAAACUAAGUUGUGUACUUUAAAUAUAUUUGCAUGCUUAAGUUGCUUAAAUACUUUACAAAGCAGGCUAUGUGCAGUUGAUUAUUCAGCUAUGCUCCCCAAAGUUCCAUUUUUCAAGAAGUACAAUUUAAUUUCAAUAGCAGAAUUCCAGCAUGUUUUCCCAUGCAUAAUGAUACUAAUCCUUUAUAAUACAGCUCUCUAGAAGAAAACACAUGGAAGCCAAGGACUUUAUUCUCUGGUAACAAAAAAAUUUAAUGUUAUGUUUUCUUAAUAGUCUCUGAAAACAACUAACUAGAAGUUGCCUAGGAAGAAUGCUAAAAAGUCUAUAUACUGAUAACCGAAUGAGACUACAUGGU